AACGCCGUCCGUAUCAUGGCCGCGGGAGCCGGGACGGCGGGCUCCGCUUCCGGCCCGGGCGUCGUGCGUGACCCAGGGGCGUCACAGUCGAGGAAGCGUCCCGGCAGGGAGGGCGGGGAGGGCGUGCGGCGAUCAGACGCGAUGGCGGGAGGAGGCGGGAGCAGCGACAGCAGCGGGCGGGCGGGAGGCAGGCGGGCGUCCCGUAGCGGCGGGCGGGCUCGGCGGGGGCGCCACGCGCCCGGGCUUGGGGGCGCCGCGGAGCGCGGCGCGGGGGAGGCGCGGCUGGAGGAGGCGGUCAACCGCUGGGUGCUCAAGUUCUACUUCCACGAGGCGCUGCGGGCCUUUCGGGGUAGCCGGUACGGGGACUUCAGGCAGAUCCGGGACAUCAUGCAGGCUUUGCUUGUCAGGCCCUUGGGGAAGGAGCAUACCGUGUCUCGGCUGCUGCGGGUUAUGCAGUGUCUGUCGCGCAUUGAAGAAGGGGAAAAUUUAGACUGUUCCUUUGAUAUGGAAGCUGAGCUCACACCACUGGAAUCAGCUAUCAAUGUGCUGGAGAUGAUUAAAACGGAAUUUACACUGACAGAGGCAGUGAUCGAAUCCAGUAGAAAACUGGUCAAGGAGGCUGCAGUCAUUAUUUGUAUCAAAAACAAAGAAUUUGAAAAGGCUUCAAAAAUUUUGAAAAAACAUAUGUCCAAGGACCCUACAACUCAGAAGCUGAGAAAUGACCUCCUAAACAUUAUCCGUGAAAAGAACCUGGCCCACCCUGUGAUCCAGAACUUCUCCUAUGAGACCUUCCAGCAGAAGAUGCUGCGCUUCCUGGAGAGUCACCUGGAUGACGCAGAGCCCUACCUCCUCACGAUGGCCAAAAAGGCUUUGAAAUCUGAGUCCUCCACCUCAGCCACAGUGAAAGAACCACAACCUCAGCCAGCACCAGAGCCUGUGGAAAAGCCACUCAGAGAACCUGCCAGGCAGCUACAGAGCACACCAACCACCAUUGGGAUUAGGACUCUGAAAGCAGCUUUCAAGACUCUGUCCAGUGCACAAGAUUCUGAGGCAGCCUUCUCAAAACUGGACCAGAAGGAUAUGGUCUUUCCUAAUAAAGUGUGCCCGCCAUCACCAGCCCUCAAAAACAAGAGAACAAGAAAAGAUGAUAACGAAAGUUCUGCCGCUGCUGAGGGUGAGGGUGGCUCUGAACUGCAGCCCAAGACCAAGCGCAUGACAAUAAGCAGACUGGUUUUGGAGGAGGACAGCCAGAGUACUGAGCCGAGUCCAGGCCUCGACUCUUCCCAGGAGGUCACACCGGCAUCACCAUCCAAGCCCACUGUCCUCAACCAACCCCUCCCUGGGGAGAAGAAUCCCAAAGUACCCAAAGGCAAGUGGAACAGCUCUAAUGGGGUUGAAGAAAAAGAGACUUGGGUGGAAGAGGACGAACUGUUUCAAGUUCAGGCAGCACCAGAUGAAGAGAGUGCAACCAAUACAACAAAAAAGCAGAAGUGGACUGUAGAGGAAAGCGAGUGGGUCAAGGCUGGAGUGCAGAAGUAUGGAGAAGGAAACUGGGCUGCCAUUUCUAAAAACUACCCGUUUGUUAACCGAACAGCUGUGAUGAUUAAGGAUCGCUGGCGGACCAUGAAAAGACUUGGCAUGAACUGAAACAGGCUUUCAUUUCCACAGAAUUCACAGGAGCAUGGUUCCUAAUAAUAGCCCCUGGUAGUCUGCUGUUUCUUUCAAAAGCUGGGCUGGGAUGAGAAUUUUGGGCAUCCUCCUCUCAUGUGGGGGAGGUCCCGGUUCCACUUCAUCACAGUUGGAGAUCAUGGAGCUGAGAAACAAAGCCAAGUCCACCCCAUGUCCUUGGCAGAGAUGACAGGCACAUAGCUUGUACAGUGCCAGAAUACCAUUAGUAUUUCCCUUCUUUAGUGGUUUGCUUGAAUUUAAAUCCCUGGUAAUCAGUAGAACCUUCUCCUAGGAAAUGGUGGAGUCUGUUAGGAGCCACUUUUGACUCCACGUACCUGUUAAAACCAGCAACAUGAGCAUUAUUUGGAGUGAACUUCUUCCAGGUAAAGCUUUGGCCUUCUGAUGCAAAUGCAAAGGAACUUCAGCUGUUGUGAGCCCAGGUUGAUAAGAGACCAGUCCUGGUGGAGUCAGAGUCCCUUUAAACAUUGUUCAGCCGAUUGUGAUGUCGACAUCUAGAAAUGUGACUGCCUUGGCAUUUGCUCUAUUUGCUGGCCUCCGUAGGCAGGUGUAACCUCCACUUCUCACGUGGUGGAACCAGUGUGUUUUUUGGUAAAAUGGUGAUUGUAGAUAAGCUUAGCCCCUGGCCCCAUCCACUCUUCCCAAUUCUUUAUGCUGGACUUUUAAAGCUUAAGAAAAUCCUGAUUAAGUAUAAAUGCCUAAUUCCAUUCUUUGUGAAAUGGUUGCUUCCGCCUGGUUCCCUAAUUGUGCUGUGUUAGUGUCUUGCACUGGAAUUCAACAUUCCCUUCUCCUUUUGUACUGUGUUGUGCUUGCUGUCUCUCAGAUCCUUAAAGACUGUCUUUUUAGCAAAAAAAAGAAUUUCAGUAAAGUGUUUUCUGUAAUCUUUUUUUAAAAUGAGAACUAAUUAUUGUCCAUAACUUGUAGCAUUCUUCAUUAAAGUCUUGCUUCUCUCAAAUUUAAGUAGCUGUUUAAUUGCAGCUGAAAAAGCGGAAGUAGCAAAAUGCUGAACAAGCUUUGGUAAACCCUGCUAUCUGUAUUAAGAAACUAAUGUCAAACUGUAUUGAAUGUUCUAAUCCUUAGAAGCUAUGCCGUAUAGACAUGUGGAAGUUC